ACGUUGUUUUGUAGAUUCAUGUUCUGUGCGCAAUACUUGGAAUGCAUCAAAGCUGUGGAUUAAUCGAAAAUUUCCUCAAUCUGAUGAAUUUAAAACACGAUUGCUUUCUGUACGGGAUAAUAACUCCGAGAGGCUGACUCAAACCAUCUCUCAACAAAGUUACUUAGUCUCGGAUGAGUUGGAGAAGGGAAUUGUUCAAGUUAAAACAAUUGGCCAAUUAGUGAAGUCCAUGCAAGAAUGUCCAUGUUGGAUUGUCGCAAGUAUUGAAAAUUUAGAACUUGAAAAAGGAUGGUCGUACGUCAGCUGCAAGAAGUGUCAAAAGAAGGUGGAUAAAUUAGGAAACAUUUAUCAAUGCCCAAACCCCAAAUGUAAACAUGAAGAUUACUCAGCAGUUAUUAGGUACAAGCUUCAGGUUAGGGUACUGGAUACUACUGGAUCUGUUUCCCUAUUGCUCUGGGACCGUGAAACCAUGUUUCUCAUAGGCAAAUCCGCAAAAGAAUUGAAGGAAGGGUUUCUUGAGAAUACUGGCGCUGUUGAGAAGUAUCCCUAUCCAGUAGAGCUGAACAAUAUUCUCCAAAGAAAAUUCAUGUUUAAGGUUAUUAUCAAGAGAGAGAACAUUCACCUGCAAAAGGAAGUUUACAGUGUUGUUAAGCUUACGGAUGAGGAGCAACUGAUAAACAAAUAUAGUUCUGAUCAACCUUCAGAUGACUUAACUGAACCUGACUUCAAUAAUAAUCAAGUCUUGGAUGGAGAGAAGGAAUGCGAGGAUUCCACUGAAGACAACGACUUAACAGAUAUUGCACACACACCAGCCAAGAUAGGUAUAACUAAUACCGCAACAAUGGUUGAAGAAGAUCCGAAUGCACAAUUGUCAGGAAAUAAAAUGAAGAGAGUAUUUAAGAAGAAGAAAACAACAUAAGGUGUUUGUGAAUCUUACCUUUGGAAAAAUCAAGAACUAUUAUAGAUAGAUUUAGUAUAUUAUUAGUUAAGAACAGUAUAUCUGAAUCAUUUCAUCUUAAUUGUCCGGUUUAACUUUUCAGUUUUACUUUAUGUCGAGAUUUGAAUAGACAAAUAUGCUUCUAAGCUGGAAGAAACUACAAAUAGCACCCAUGUCUUUGUUUUCUUAUUGAGAAAUGUAUUGACUGUUAGAAACCAAAUUCUGCUUGAUGUCUCCAUAUUAUUGUAAAGAUGCAUCCUUGUUAAGGAGAUACGGUCAUGGUGAAAUCAGUUGUAAGGAUAUAUAGGAGGGUGGUUUAGA